AUGUCGUCGACUUCUGCUUCGUACAUGGGUCGUUCCGAAGGGGGAAGAUCAUCGCUGUCGACGACGACCACUUACGGCGCUGUGGGUGCAGGUGCGCCAUCGUCGUCGUCAACUCUCAGUGCGACCCAACUACAAGCCUUGAACCAACAACACUACAAUAACAACAACAACAACAACAACGGCAGUCCCAAUGGGGACUACACCUCUUCGCACCACGCCAUGUCGGUGCUGGACGACGAACUGGACGAGGUCGACGACGAGCACAGCAACAGCCCAGCCGGCCAAGGCGGCUCCUCCACAGCGGGUGGGAAUCGAUCGGGCACCCCGACGCAGCAGCAUCGCAUGACCGGGUCCCAAGCCACCGACCCGACCGCUCCUAGAUCGGGAAGGGCUUGUCUCGCCUGUAGGAAGCUCAAGGUUGGUUUUGCGAUCUGGCGUUUGGUGUGGCCCCAUGCGGCCUUGGGAGCGCAAGCCAGCCCGCUGCUGGUUGCCGGUGCGCCUCUCACGUUAUGUCCGCGAGUGCGGGGGCAGGGCCUGGGACGGUGCUUGCCUGCCAACGACUGUCGCCAAAACCGCCCUAGAGGGUUCAUAGCUGACGGAUUAUCCAAUCUUCCACGCUCUUCUUUCUCUCUUACACUACAAAAUAACAACUUCACUCACGAUCCGCGCCGUGCCAACCACCCGGGACCCCGCUCGAACCGUAUUCACCGACAUCUUCUCGCUCUUCGACCCGCCCUCGGCCCCGGUGCGCCGCGCGCCGCGCUCUGCGUUCCGGCCCCACCGCGCCACCUCGCUGCCGCCCGCGCGCCCUAACGCUAACGAACGCUUGCCGUGGCCCCCUUCGAUCCGAUCCUGUCCCGGCCGUGAUAUCUCGCGAUGACUCACCCUCACCGCCAACUAGACGCGCUGCGAUGGAGCCGAGGACCCACCCUGCAAACGAUGCAGGGCAGGUAACCACGAAUGCGUGUUUGUCGAAUCAAAACGAGGCAAACGCCCGGCCAAGUACGUUUCCUUUAGGCCAGCUCCCGCCCUCGUGACGUAACAUCGCCGAGCUGGCGGAAUCUGACCUCAUUUUUCCUUGUUCGCCGCUGCAGACCUCCGGGUGGAACACCGAAUACCAAGGCUUCCAACUUACCCAAUAUCUCGGCCAGCAACAACUCUGCGGACAACAGUCAGCACGCUCUCGGUAGCAGCAGUGGAGGAGUCGCAGACCACCCCACCACCACCAGCAACGGCAACGGCAGUGGCAACGACGCCGCCCUCGCCGAAAAGUUCAGAUCCGUCGAAAAGAAUCUGUCGCUUUUCCUACAGUCGAUGAAUUCGGGCGGUGCACCCGAUCCGAACGCGUUGCAGCAGCUGCAGUCGACGCUUGCCGAUGGUAUCGACACCUCGCGCAACGGCAAAAGCAUCAACAAUGGCACCCGAGCGACAUCGACGACGAUGGAAUCCCCGACCAGUGCCGGUGAUGACUCGCACGCAGGAGGCUCGGCUUCGAUCCCUCCAGCGAAACGACCUCGACAUGCGAGCGGCAACUACCCGCAGAGCAACUCGAGCACGGAUUCCCCCUUUACGACCAACAACAUGUCCCUGUCACCCAACAGCGUGCUCAAUUCGGCUCGGAUCCCGACCCUGCCGUUGUCCCAGACACCUGCAUCGACGGAUUCGGCGCAGCUUCCCUCGGCGAGUCGGACACCGGGGAGUGCCGGUGGUGGCUCCUCGCUUUCGAUGCUCGCCGAUGCGAGUCUCGCGGCUCAGCUCGACGGUCGUAAUAAGCUGACGGGACUCGACCCGGGCUUCAACCUGAGUCGCGUGACGGAGGCGAUCCAGGGCGAUGGGUCCGAAGGCGAGGACGAGGCGCGCACACCGGCGCUGUUGAGCAAAGGGAUCAUCACCCCCGAAACGGCGGUCGACAUGUUCCGCAUCUUUUUCGACUUUUGCUACAUCCACCUCCCCUUGCUUGACCCGGCGCAAAACUCGGCGACCUCGGUCUGUGCGCGGUCCCCGUUCCUCUUUACGGCGAUCUGUGCCGUCGCUUCGCGCUUCAACCCCGAUCCGACACUGCACGUCAAGUGCUACGAUGAGGCGCAUGCGUGCUUCGUCGACACUGUCGCCAACGGCGAGCGCAGCAUCGAGUCCGUGCAGGCUUUGAUGAUUUUGACCGUGUGGACCUCGGCGCCGAAAAAGGACGCCGAGGAUCGACCACAACGGGCAUGGCUCUACUUUGGCAUGGCCGUGCGGAUGGGACUUGAGUUGGGUCUGUUCCGACCACCGCCGUUCGUCGAUCACCACUUGUCGACGAGUCGCAACGCGUCGCAGGCGAAUCCAUGGGCGAAUCUCAAGGAUGUGUCGGAGGAGGAGCAACGCGAUGCGAUCAAUCGCGAGCGCACGUGGUUGAUGGGCUUCGUCAUCGAUCGCAACAUGUCCGCCGUGAUGGGUCGACCCUACCAAAUCCAUGAAGCCAAACCUCUGCUGAUCCCGCUGCACACGAUGAGUCUGCCCUUCGAUCUUGGCGUCAUCGCGCAUCAGGAACUGCAAAUGAUCAUUGGGCAGGUUAUGGACACGUUCCGCGAUCGCAUCUAUGGUCUUUCUUCGGCGAGUGACGAGAUGCCGUCGGCAACGGUGAUGAAGAUCUUCAACAACCGCAUGGACGAUUGGCGACAACGGUGGUGCCCCGUCGCGGGUGAACCGAUCGCGAACAACCUACUCUUCUACUUCUUCUCGUCGAAAUUGUUCCUCAACACAAUCCCCCUCCACACCAUGCUACGCAAUGGCGAAGUCGCUGACGAUCCGGAAUGCGUCUCGACGACGAUCACCGCCGCCAAAUCUGUGCUCGACCUGGCGCAUAAAUACGCCGAGCUGGGCGUCCUGCUGCAUUGCCCUGACGUCAACUUCUUACUCAUCCUUUACGGCGCCGUCUUCUUGAUCAAGGUCAAGGUCUCCAAUACGCGUUUCUCGCAACUCGUCGACGCCGACGAACUGCAGCAAUUGCUCGUCCAGGCCAUUUACGAUUGUCAAGCCGCGACGUGCUCGCCUCGCCAUGCAGCUUCGACGGCUUGCACGAUGUUGCGAGCCUUGUUGGCUUCGUUUAAGGCGAUGCUACAGGCGCAACAGAACCCGGCCAAUUCGCACGGUAUGUCCCGGCAGCAAACGAACCCGAACGAAGCCGGAGGUCGAUUACCCCACGGUGGGCUCGCGGCGGAUGGGAGUUCCGAUCCGUUCGGUGCGAAUGGGUCGUCAUCAGGACCGCCCGGUUCGGCAUUGGGUUUGCAUGGUACGCUCGCUGGAGCUCCGAUGAGUCCCUCCGCUUCGUACCCUUUCAUGUCUACGCCUUUCGCACAACGGAAUCAUGACAAUCGGAGCUUCUUCGGAAGUGGGGCCGUUGCGACAGGUGGAUCGGGGACCAUGUCGGGGACGCACACGCCUGCGGGACAUCAGACGUAUGGAGCUGGUGGGGGUGCGGGAAGUGCGGGAAGUGCGGGAGCGAGUAAUACGGGGUUCAAUCCCAUGGAUCCGUUGGAUUCAUUCUUGAACGAUACGAACUUCUUCUCGAGCGUGCUCGUCAGUCAAGGUGCGGAUGGAUUCUUUACCUGGCCUGAAGGAUUGUAAGUGCACAUCACGACUUGGGCCCGCACAUGGGAAGAUGGAAUUGGGCUGACCGCAUUUUUCUGUCCGUAGGGACGCUGCUGGGGGUCUCGAUAUCAACUUUGAUAGCAACACCUUCAACCCGAGUCACCUCGACGCCGAGAUGAAUGGACCGCUGGCGGCUUGA